AUGGUCGAGGUCGAGAACCACUUUACCGUUUUCGUCAGGCUGCCCCUCAACAGAGGCGACUUCAUCGAUCCGCCUCCAGUCUCGUGGUCAGCGGCAAAGGAGCGCGCAUUGUGGGAUGUCAUCUCGCGACAGGGUCAAGGCAAAGGCAAUGAGAUCGACUGGAAUGCACUGGCCGCCCAGUUCGAUGUCACCCAGUCGUUCAUCCUGCAACAGGCAGCAUGGUUGUACGAGAGACAGUUGUCGCAAGUGCGAGCACAGCUGAGAAAGGUGGGCAACCGUCAAUCGGCAACACCUUCACCCGCACCGGGCUCUGUGAAUUCUAGUGUGGUUGGUGCACAAGCCAUGAGGAGAGUUGGUAGUGGUGGAUCCCGUGCUCCUCCACGUCUAUCAACCCAACAUCUUGGCAGUCCUUCACUUGCAGGAGAAGGCAGUGCACCACCAACCCCUGGCAAGAGCAGGACAUCGCUGCCCUUGAGGGGUCCUCCCGCUGCGGCGACUGGGUCUGCCCGAUCGGCAUCUGGUCCAUCGCGACCGCUCUCAAGGCAACCUUCGAAGGAGGUCGAGCCGCAGCAGAUCGUGCAUUCGCGACGCGGCAGCACUCAGCAUCAGCUCUCACGGUCACCAGGUCAGCUGAAGCCCACAGGUCCAGACUCGGACUCGGACGGUGGCGGAGAGCAGAUGACUCAAUCCAAGUACAUGAUACGCCGAACCAAUCCAUCGUCGCUUCAUCGCCGGAGUGUUUCUCUACGCAAAGAGCGUGCCGCACAAGCUCAGCAAGCAGAUCCGGCAGAUGCUGACGAUGACGAAGACGACACGGCUACGUUUCUGCCCUUUGUAGCUGAUGCGCCCGAGGUCCAAUCCCGGCCGACGACGUCGUCGACCCAGGACCCGAGCGCAACACUCCGAGGAGGUCUCACUGACGCUACGCCAGUGCGGCCGAAAACCCACCGCCGGUCUACGUCCGAGAAAAUCACAUCGCCAACAAAGGCUCCAGCACCUACAACAGCAGCGGCGACGCUGCAGUCAGGGUCGGCGUCUACGAGCUCCGUGUCUGACACAUCGGGUGCGGGUCCCACGCCUGGCGCUACUCAGCCAUCACAGCCUACACUGUCCAACAGAUCCGCACGUACGCUAUCCCCACGACAGCAAGCAACCCUCGCAUCAGCUGGGCUCUCGCCUCGGCGUCAAGGAUCUGAGUCGUCGCCUAGCAUGGGAUCGAGUUUCAGUGACCUCGACGAUGCAAGCGUGACCCAGUCGGCGCUCGAGGAAGCUCUGAUGAGUGGAAUGGGCAAUACAACGCACACGGUCGCCAGCAGAGUGAGUGGCUUGAGCCAAGCGUUGAGGAGCAGGUACUUUGAUGCUAGGCAAGGCGAGAGAUGA